AAAGCUAAAAGCACAAAUAAAGAGAUUCAGAAGGACCACGUCAGCAAAAUCCAAGAAAGAAUGAAGACAAUUAGUCUCAUUGAUCUUUCACUUCUGUUGUUAAUAACCAAUUUCUCUGUUCUGACGGCCCACGCUGCAGGUGGCAAAUGGCAAGUGCUGAAAAACGUUGGCAUUUCCGCCAUGCACAUGCAGCUCUUCAAAAACGACCGCAUCGUCUUGUUCGACCGCACCGACUUCGGCAAAUCCAACUUGUCCUUGCCCAACGGUAACUGCGUCAAUAACGACUGCACCGCCCACUCCGCCGAGUUCGUCGUCCAAACCAAUGCCGUCCGCCCCCUCACGGUCUUAUCCGACGUCUGGUGCUCCUCCGGCUCAAUGGACGCUUACGGAAACUUAAUCCAAACAGGCGGCAACAACAUCGGCGAGCGCCGCGUUAGAGUUUUCACGCCCUGCACGGGUUGUGAUUGGAAGGAGAUUGUGGACGGCUUAGCUGCUCGCCGUUGGUACGCAACUAAUCAUAUUCUGCCUGAUGGACGCGAAAUUAUCAUCGGCGGCAGGGGGCAAUUCAACUAUGAAUUUUAUCCGAAGACCGCGUCUACAAGCAAUGUCUACAGCUUGCCGUUCCUUUCGCAGACCAAUGACCCCGGCCAAGAAAACAAUCUAUACCCUUUUGUUUUUCUCAACCCUGAUGGCAACUUAUUUGUUUUCGCUAACAAUCGAGCUAUUUUGUUGGACUACGUGAAGAACGUCGUCGUUAAAACCUACCCGCAAAUACCAGGAGGCGACCCGAGGUCGUACCCCAGCACGGGUUCAGCCGUAUUGCUACCAUUGAAGAACUUGAUGGCUCCAUCUGUUGAGGCUGAAGUUUUGGUCUGCGGUGGAGCACCAAAAGGGUCUUUUGUCCAGGCAAAUAAGGGUACUUUUGUGGAAGCUCUAAACACAUGUGCUCGGAUCAAAAUAACAGACCCUAAUCCACAGUGGAUUGUUGAAACUAUGCCUCAAGCUAGAGUCAUGGGUGACAUGUUAUUGCUCCCAGACAGCACUGUUUUACUCAUUAACGGUGCAUCGUCCGGGGUUGCCGGUUGGGAAAUCGGGCGUAAUCCGGUUUUCAAUCCAGUUGUGUACCGACCUGAUAAUGCAGUCGGGUCACGGUUCGAACAACAAAACCCUACCACCAUACCACGGAUGUACCAUUCCUCAGCAUUAUUGGUACGUGACGGUAGAGUGAUCGUUGGCGGUAGUAACCCACACGAAAAAUACCAAUUUGGCAACGACGUACUUUUCCCAACAGAACUGAGGUUAGAAGCAUUUAGUCCCGAGUAUCUCGAUGCUAAGUACGCGAACUUGCGUCCUACAAUCCUUGCACCUGGAAACCAAGCCAAAAUCCAUUAUGGAAUAAAAUUAGCCAUUCAAUUCUCGCUUACGGGCACGUUUGCAAAGAAUUCAGUAUCGGUGACGAUGGUGGCACCGCCUUUUAGCACGCAUUCAUUCUCGAUGAAUCAAAGGCUGUUGGUUCUUGGUGCGGAGAACGUACAACAGGUAGGGCCAACAACGUAUCAAGUUCAAGUGACAACUCCGCCUUCGAAAAAUCUUGCGCCUUCCGGAUACUACAUUCUCUUCGUGGUUCACCAGCAAAUUCCAAGUGAGGGCAUCUUUGUCAAAAUUUACUGAGAAAUUUGAAGGUAUAUUUUCUAGUGUGUAUAAUAUAAGUUGAAAAAAAUGAAAUAAAAGGUUCAUGCAGGGAGAGAGAUCAAGCUAGCUAAGAAUGCUAGCUUAUCACAAGUAAUUUCGAUCAAGUUGUAAUUUUCUAUUUUCUUUUGUAUUUUUUUUUUUUAUUUUUUUUUAUUUUUUUACUAAAAUUGUAAAGUGUGUAACUUUGUAUCUAAACUGAUGAUGAAUGAAGUUGUAUUUCGUUA